AUGGCGAGCACACUCUUUAUUCGGGAUGCAGAGACACCGGACCUGGGAAAACCGCAGUUAGCGUCCCACGCAUGGCUUGAGCCCAUUGUGGUUGUGAGUAUCAUGGUUGGGUCGUUGAUUGUGAACCGUUGCAGAGACUCCAGCUCCAGCAAGAUCGAUUACACCCUUCUGGAGGAGGGUGCUCAUCCCGAUGCGCAUCUUGCCAACAGCGCGCAGACCAAAUCCGAGAAUGUAUACGGGAUCAAUAUCAAGAAUCGGGACUCGUCGCGCUGGGCGCACCACAUUCACAGCAGAAUCCUGCAGAAACUCCCGUUCUUGGUUGAAAUGUUCUACUGGAGUAUGAAUUACCUGUUCUAUUCCGUGACAAAAGCCACCGCGCAGUGGCUCUCUCCUGCCGACAUAGGCGUUGUUGCAGUGGCGCGAGGCCAUGCCGUCGACGUCCUCAACUUCGAACAUAAAACCGCUUCUUGGAUAUUCCCGAUCAACGAAGCCGAUUUCCAAUCCUUUUUCAUCCAUAACCAUCCCUCGAUCUUGACUAUGUUCAAUCGCAUUUAUUCAUUAAUCCAUAUUCCCGGCACAGUGCUAUUCCUCUCCUGGUACUACUACGUCGCCAAAAACCAUGCCUCCUUCGCCAUCGCCCGCCGCACCAUGACACUCGGAAACCUCGCCGCCUUCUUGGUAUUCUGCGUCUACCCCCUCAUGCCACCCCGACUCCUUCCUGAAUCAUAUGGCUUUUACGAUACCGUGCGCCAAGGCAACGCCGAAAGCAUUUGGGUCGGUGGAAAAUCCGUGAACCAAUUCGCCGCCAUGCCCAGUCUACACUUUACCUAUGCCUUUGUGAUCGGGUGUACAUUCCUCCACCACUCUGGAUUCCUGCAGAGACUCCAACGCAAGCCGACGCAAAAGUCACGUCUGACCGAGUUUGGAUUUUUGACACUCGCUAUAUGCUACCCGAUUCUUGUCCUGAGUGUGAUCGUUGCUACGGCAAACCACUACUGGCUCGAUGCUGUUGUGGCGAUUUUCACGGUUACCUUGUCCUACCGCUUCAACAGACUUCUUAUCUUGCUACUUCCGAUCGAAUAUGCACUGUGUUGGUGUCUGCGACUGGCAAAGCCGGUUCCUACCACUGGUGACAAAGCUUCGAGAUGA